UCAAAGAUCUGGCUGAUUUUCUGCCAGCAUCUUUGGUUACAAUUGCAAGCUAUUUAUCAGCUGAAGUUAGACGCGGAAUAUGGAAGCCAGGUUUUAUGAAUGGAACUGAUUGGCCUAGCCCUGCUGCAAAUUUAUCCCUUGUUGAGCAGCAGAUAAAGAAAAUUUUAGCCACCACAGGUGUUGAUGUUCCAAGCCUUGCUGUAGAUGGGGACUUUCAAGCUACGUUGCCUUUGCCUUUGGCAGCUUUUGUAAGCCUCACAUUAACAUAUAAACUUGACAAAGACACUGGGCGGUUCCUUAGCCUGAUUGGCCCAGUUAUGAUUGCUCUUGCUUCUAGUUGCCCCUGGCCGUGCAUGCCCAUUGUAGCUUCUUUGUGGGUCCAGAAAGUGAAGCGUUGGAGUGAUCACCUUGUGCUCUCUGCUUCCAGAACAGUCUUCCACUGCAACAAGGAUGCUGUAGUUCAACUACUAAGAAGUUGCUUCAAAUCCACACUUGGGCUUGGCUCUGCCUGUUUACAUAAUAAUGGUGGUGUUGGUGCUCUCCUUGGUCAUGGUUAUGGCGUUGGUGUCAAUUCCAAAACAUCUGACGGGGUCUCUCCGAUUGCUCCAGGAACUAUUUGCUUGAAAGUGUACCAGUAUAUUGGAGAUACCAGGUACUUGUCUGAAGAAAUUGUCUCUAUUCUAAUGCAAACAGUGAGAGGUAUAGUAAGUAAUCAAUUACUCAAGGGGGAUGGUAAGAAGCAAAAGAAAAUCAAGUAUGGAACGACACAUGGACAUGUUUCUCUUGCUAGAUCCAAGGCACGGGUCAAGCAUGCUGCUCUACUGGCAGCUUCAUUGGUUUGGAUAUCGGGUGGAAUAAAGUUGGUUCAAUAUUUCAUAAAAGAGACUAUUCCUAAAUGGUUCUUUUCUUCUAGUAUGUUGGAGCUGGAUGGUGAAGAAUCCAGUGCCUUGGUUGCUAUGCUUAGAGGUUAUGCAUUAGCAUUUUUUGUCAUGCUCAGCGGGGCAUUUGCCUGGGGCAUUGACCAUUCACUUCUAUCAAGACAAAGAGGAAAGGUUAUGGGGCUGCAUUUUGAAUUCAUUGCAAGUGUCCUUCAGAAGAAUAUACCACUGCGUUGUCAGGAUGCUACUUGGCGAGCCUAUGUGUCAGGAUUUCUGAGCCUGAUUGUGAGUUGCACUCCAUUGUGGGUCAGCGAAAUCGAUGUUGAUAUAUUGAAGAGACUAAGCAAGGGAUUAAUACAGAUGAAUGAGCAUGAGUUGGCUCUUAGGCUUUUGGAGAAAGGAGGGAUUGGCGCCAUGGGUGCAGCAGCUGAAAUGAUUUUCAACAUACAACAUAGAUUUUAA